AUGUUCGCAACAUUAGACCUCGACAUCAGACCUGGAUCUGGGAUUGGGAUGUUUGAGUUAGGUACUUCCCUUUGGGCAGUCAUCGACAUCUUGCGUGGACUUCAACAUCUAUUUCCUCAGGUUGAGGUUAAAUUUGAUCCAGAGGACUCUGCGACGACACCGGUAAUUCUUCAUCUUCGUCCCCACCUGGACCUCUUGUUUUCAGGAUACCAUCAACGCCUCCAUACUAUCUGCGUGCGGAAACUCAGGGAGCCUCACCCACCUGUGAUACUUCGCUACAAAGAUACAGUCAUAUCGUCGUCUGCAGAACCUUUGGUUAGAGUACAUGUCAGCCGUACCUUCGGUCCAACAUAUCCAGGAGAUGAACUAAAGUACCCUGGGAUAUGGUUCAGCUUCGAUGACGAUGGUGUCAACGAAGGAUUCAAAGGGGGCAUCACGCACCUAGAGCAACGAACACAAGAAGUAAAGCGUAUCUUUAUCAGACAAAAAAGUGUAGAUGGAGAGGAGCGCGAUGCUUUGGAUGAGGUAAUACCGUGUCCAAUCAUGCACGGUGACAUUUCCAGCGCGGUUAUCAAGAUACAUGAUGGCGUGCACUUUAAUUUCUUCUCUUCUCCCUUGCUUCUCCAGGUUCGCAUAGGAGAAACUACAGCACAAGACCUGACAAUUGAUCUUGGACCUCCCUCUCGAGUUCAUCACAAGGAGGACGAACGAAUGACCAUUCACUCACCGAACCUACAAGUAUCUGAAGAUGAUGGUAGCACCGACUAUUUCUAUAAUUACUUCCAUCACGGUGUGGACUUCCUAAUAUCCGGCCAGACUCAUGUUGUGCGAAAGAUUAUCAUACAUUCGAAUAUGCCUGGCUCCCCGCUCUUUCAGCGAUAUAAACGAUGUCCUUGGCAGUUGGAGGGCAAACCCGAAGAUGACGAAGACGAUUCACCUCCUCGCAAACACUUUUAUGAAAAGUUUGAGACGAUCAGGCGUUUUCUCAGUCCUGGAGAGAUGCUACCCUCCAUGUUACUAGAUCGCACAGAUGAAUAUGAUAAUAUCACACUGCCUAACUCGUCAACCCGUUUGUAUGGUUAUGACGGUGUGAUUUUGGAGGUGAAUGAAGCAUCACAAGUCGUGACUGUGAUGUUGUUUUGA